AUGAUUCAAAUUGAUUUUACAGAUACUAGAAAGAAAAAAGAAGAACAAGCAGAAGAAUGCUUAACUAAAUUGACUGCUGUUGUAGAUAGUAUUAAAGAGAAAGCCGAUGAAUUGGAUAAGACUAAUGAGGGAGGAGAAGAAUUUAUUAUUAAAUGUAAAGAUUUACAUAAUUAUCUAAAUAGUUAUUUUAAGGAAGACAAGGAAUGCCCUAAAGAAGAAUUCCCAAGUGUUUAUGGGAGUAUUGCGUCAGCAAUAAAGGUAGCAUUGAAAGAAUAUAAUAAUUACCUUAAGUGUCUUGAUAAAUUAGAAGAAAUUAAAAGAGAACAAAUUAAGUUAGAUCCUGAAACAGAUGAACUAUGUAAAGAAGUUGGGUAUUGCGGAAAUAAAAUAACAAAACCGGAAGAAGAAGUUUCGCUAAAAACAAAACAUGAUGGGGAACUUGAAGUAGAGAAAUUGGGAAAAAGUCAAGAACUGAAUAGUGCAUCUACUGGUGAACAGGAACAUGCAAGGGAAGCAGAUGAUUCAGAAUCUUCAAAAGAUUCUCAGCCUGCUAAUAGGGCAGAGCAACCUGCUUCUGGAGCAUUUAAGGAUAAACCUACUGCUCCUGAUUCUCUUGAAACUGAACGUGUUAAAAUUAGCGAUUUAUCACUCGCAGAUCAAAAUCGGGUUAAUGUAUCAGAAAGUGAUUCAACUAAAUCUUUACAAGAUAGUUCUGUCAACGACCCCGUUCCAUGCGAAAAACUGCAUGGAUGCGCAUUAGAAAAUAAUGAAGUUUCUGUUACAGGCCCCUCUGUUUCAGUUUCUUCUUCGUCUGAAUCGUGUACAACCAAAAGCCCACCCUGUCCGUUGAAUGGCGUUGCUUCAAAGCCUGGAGCUCAUCAAGCUACUGAUCAAGAUCGAAUGCAUAAUUCUAAUGGUCCCGCAUCUGCUAAUACUUCUUCUACUGUGUGCCAAGUACGGGACAUUCGUCAUUUAAUGCACAAAGGACAUGUCCUGAAGAAGAUUCAUCUUGUAGAGAAGGUGGACGUUCUCAACCAAAUGGAGUUCAUGAUAAUCAACUUAGAAGUGAACACGUUGAAGGGGGACAAACUCAUGCACAAGUACAAUUAA